UUUCCCUGUCACCAGGAAAGCAGCCCUGCGAAGUGUGUGUUACUUUCUCUUUUGCAGACUUUUUCACCAAGCAUUGGAGAAAUACUGUAGAGAAAAUGCCCAUUGAGUACAAAAGGAGACCAACUUUUUGGGAAAUUUUUAAGGCGCGAUGCAGCACAACAGAUUUAGGGCCAAUAAGCCUCAAUUGGUUUGAAGAACUCUCUUCAGAAGCCCCACCCUAUAAUUCUGAAUCUCCAGAAGAAUCUGAAUAUAAGCCCCACAGUUAUGAGCCACAGCUGUUUAAAACGCCUCAGAGGAAGACCUCAUACCGUCAGUUUGCUUCAACUCCAAUAAUAUUCAAAGAGCGAAGUGAGACUGUACCACUAGACCAGUCACCUUUUCAAGAAUUAGGCAAGGCUGCUGCAAAUAGUAAACAUAAAAACCACAGCAAAACGAAGGCCAGAGCAGACCCCAUGGCUGCCCUUGCCAGUCCGCCUCUGAUGUCUCACUUCAGUGAAAGCCCUCUUACUCUGCGAAGCAAACAGCUGGUACCUCAAAGAGAAAAGCCAGUGGUGUGUGGAAGUUUAUUUUCUACACCAAAACUCGAGGAGGGUCAGACACCAAAACAUAUUUCUGAAAGCCUGGGAGUUGAAGUGGAUCCUGACAUGUCUUGGUCAAGUUCAUUAGCUACACCACCAACCCUCAGUUCCACCGUGAUCAUAGCGAGAGAUGAGGAAGUACGUGGGACUGCAUUUCCUGAUGACUCACCUGCAACUUCAAAAAGCUAUUUUUCUAAUCACCAUGCAAGUCUGAAAAAGAAUGACACAUCUAUUCACUCUAUGACUGAUAGCAAAAACAAAAACCAGAGGGAAGCUUUUAGUCAGGGACUGGGAACAAUGUUAAGGGAUUCAUCUGGCAAAAUAAACAGCGUCAAAGACGACCUUAGAAAGGCAGCGCCGAAUGUUCUAGAAGACGGGGAGACGGCUGCAGAUACUUCGGAGGAAGAUAGUUUCUCAUUAUGUUUUCCUAAGCACAGAACCCGAAAUGUGCAAAAAAUGAGAAUGGCCAAGACCAGGAAGAAAAUUUUCAGUGAAACAAGAACUGAUGACUUAAGUGAUGGCGCCAGAAGACAAACUGAUGAAACCGAGCCAAGGGAUAGUGACCCCUUAGGUCGAGGUGCACCAAGCCCGAAGCCCCUUGACAGCGCAAGUGAGAGAACCUGCCAGGAAGCUGCACAGUCUGAAGACACUGCAUGGUCUCAGCUAAACCUCUCUGGUCUACGUGGAACCCAGACAGGAGGAACAUCUCUGCUUCAUAUUUCCUCUCAGAACCAGAGUGAUUCAGGAAAAGACUCCAUAGAUGCGAAGAAAGAAGGUACUGGCUCUGCUACUUCAGGAAAGUCUUUGCUUCAUACUUCAAGUCUUCCAGAGCCAGAAAGGAUGUUCAGUGAGGACACUCUGGUAGACACCAAACAGCGUUUUGAGUCACAUGAAGACUCCGCUGCAGGGAAGCAAGCUGUGUCUGGAACCAGUCAGGCAGCCUGUCUAUUUCAGAGUGUCAGGAAGUCUAUAUUCAAGAUGAAAGAGCCGCUUGACGAGACUUUGGGUACUCCUCUCUCAGAUGGUGUGACCAGCUCAGCCUCUGCAGAAGAGCCUGAAGCCCCUGCAUGGGCAUUGGGGACAUAUGCUUGCUCACACGGAGGGGACCCCUUAUGUCCUAGUCUAGUUGACACUGGAAGCUGGCCAGUCACUCUCUCUCACACUUCUACAGCUGUGAAAACUGAAGGCUUAAUAUCCACUCUACGAAAGAAACGAAGAAAGUUUAUUUACUCUGUAAGUGAUGAUGCAUCUCAUCAAGGAAAAAAACUGCAGCCAGAGAGAAAGUCAGAGUCCACUAACCUUGCAGCUCAGUUUGAAGCCAGUGCUUUUGAAGCACCGUUCACAUUUACAAAUGUCAAUUCAGUUGUAUCAGAGUCUUCAGUCAAAAGAAGUUGUUUACAGAGUGAUCCUGAAGAGCCAUCUCUGUCCCUGACUGACUCUUUUGUGACUGCUUCCGAUAAAGAAAGUAGUUAUACUAAUGCAUUGAUAGCUCAGGCUCUCAAUGACAGAGAGGUGAUCGGCGGUGAAGAAAAGGCAUAUGCAGCCCUAGAAACUGACUCUCUGCCAUGCUUUCCAGAAAGACACUGUGAAAACAAUCAGAAGAGUCCAAAAGUUUCAGAUAGAAAAGCAGAGGUCUCAGUGUUAGCGUGUCAUCCCGCUGGACAGCGUGCAGCAGCAGUGCAGCCCAGCAGCAUUAGCUUUGAGUCGCAGGAAAGCCCUGUCAGUGGCCCCAGCAGAGCAAGCACUCUUAAAGUGACUCUCAGCUCAAAGGCGCAUCUGUCAAAGCCAGUUGUGGUUUCUAGAGGAAAAGUGUCCUGUCAAAUGCCAGAGAAACUACGACAUGAGAGUUGUAAAGAUAAUACUGAAUUAAUCGAAAACAUCCCCUCGGAGGGAAAUGACAUAUGUCUCUCAAGUGAAAAUUCUAAAACCCCUGAGCUUCUGCUACCUGGAGAGUAUAUAACAAAAGCGUCCCCUUCAGUGAAGCCACAGUUUAAUCAAAAUACAAAGCUGGAAGUCAUACCAAAGGACCAAGAAGGAACGCCUCUUAUUUCAGAAGUAGCAGUCAGUACGAAUUCUGAAGAACUUUUCCCAGACGAUGAGAAUAACCUCGCCUUUCAAGUAGCUAAUGAAAGCAGUGAGGCUGCUUUAGAAAGUACUGUACAACUCCAGGAAGAGGACCUCAGCCAUGCAAAAGGGCCGAGCCUCAAGGUCUCUGCCACUGCAGUAGCUGCAGACUUAGGUGGUGAGCACGCAGCCCGAGUAUCGAUUACAGAAGACUCGGAUUCAUCACUGGUCCAUGAGGGAGCACGGAGCAGAAGUGCUGAAGAGCAGCAUCUGAAAGGAACUGCAGACCAGGAUUUCAAGUCCAGCUCCUCUUUGCCUAUGAAAUCAGAUGUAAACAAUGAUUAUACAGACAAAUGGUCGGGGCCCUUGGAUCCAGUUUUGAACUAUAAUUUUGGAGGUUGCUUUAGAACAGCUUCUAAUAAAGAAAUAAAACUUUCCGAACUUAAUGUCAAGAAAAGCAAAGCGUUGUUCAAAGACAUUGACGAACAGUAUCCUGCUAGUUCAGCUUGUAUGAACAUUGCUAAUACCAUAGCGCUAGCAAACCAGAAGCGACGAGGUGACCCUUACACGUUUGAUUUGCAGUCAGUUCCUGCCGUGCCUGCACAUUGUGCAAGUCAAGCAUCUGCUCCAUGUGAGGAUGCUCACACAGCACCUCCCACGUUAUCUUCAAAGCAAGGUCUUCACAGUUUAACGCCCAGCCAAAAGGCAGAAAUCACAGAACUUUCUAGUAUCUUGGAAGAAUCAGGAAGUCAGUUUGAAUUCACACAGUUCAGAAAGCCAAGCCGCGUGGCACAGAGUAAUGCAUCUGAAGUGCCUGGGAACCAGGUGGUCGUCGUAAGUACCACUUCCGAGGAGUGGAAAGAUGUCAGUCUUCACCUCACAGUGCAUCCCUUCUCUGACGCUCAGACAGACGACAGCAAGAAAUUUGAAGGUUCAGUUGGAGCUAAACAAAGCUUUCCUCGCCGGUUGGAAGGCAGUUAUAACAAAAGUACAUCUCAUUUUUUAGCAAAUAUAAAUGAAACGGAGUUUGGAGGAUUUUGUUCUGCUCUUGGUACAAAACUUAGUGUGUCUAACGAGGCUCUGCAGAGAGCUGCAAAACUGUUCAGUGACAUUGAAAAUAUUAGUGAGGAGACUUCUGCAAAAGUAGACCCAAGCGCAUUCUCUUCAAGUGCACAUCAUGAUUCUGGCGCUCCAGUGUUUAAGAUAAGGAAAGGAAACUAUGAUAAAAGUCCUCCUGAUGAGGAAACUAGUAAGAGCCACGUAAAAUUACAAAAUCAUAUUGAAAUGACUACUGGCAUUCUUGUUGACAAAAAUCCUAAAAAUUAUGCAAAAAAUAUAAAAGAUGAAGAUAACAGCUAUACCGGCUCUCAAAGAAAUAUUUAUGAAUUAGAAAAGUGUGAUGAUAGUAAAUCAAGUACAGGUGGUACAGUUUAUAUUCAUAAAGGUAACAGUGGUUUUCCUUGUGCUGGUGACCAAGGCAGCAAGUAUCCUGAGUCAUGUACCCAGUAUGUGAGGGAGGAAAACACACAGAUUAAGGAAAGUGUAUCAGAUUUAACGUGUUUGGAAAUCAUGAGAGCUGAGGAAACGUGUCAUAUGAAAUCGUCAGAUAAAGAACAAUUACCUUCAGGUAAGAUGGAACAAAACAUAAAAGAAAAUUUUAAUAUGUCCUUUCAGACCGCAAGUGGGAAAAAUAUCAGAGUCUCCAAGGAGUCAUUAAAUAAAAGUGUGAAUAUUUUUAAUCAGGAAACAGAAGAAUUUGCUAUCUAUCCAGACUCUUUGAACUCUAAAAGUCUUUAUGGCAUAAAUAAGAACAAAAUAGAUAUUUCAUGCCAGAAGAAGACAAGCAGUAUUGAAAAGGUAUUUGAAGAACAUGACCCAGUUGGAGAUCUCUGUCAGUUACCAGUUCUCCAGCAGUAUCCUGGGUGUGAAAUAGAAAGUAUCAAAGAACCUACUCUGCCGAGUUUUCAUACAGCUAGCGGGAAAAAAGUCAAAAUUAUGCAGGAAUCUUUGGACAAAGUGAAAAGCCUUUUUGAUGAGACACAGUGUGUUUGGGAAACCACCAGCUUCAGCCACCAAGGGUCAACCCCACUGAAGGACAGGGAGGACCACAAAGAAGGCCUUGCAUUAGCAUGUGGGAGAAUUAAAGUAACUGCCCCAAAGUGUGAAGAAAUGCAGAACUUUGUCUCUAAGGACACUGAAGUGCUACUCAAGCAAAGUGAUGAUUCCUAUAAGCCAACUGAAAACCUCAGAACAUCAAAUGGUACCUCUUCCAAAGAACACGAAAGUAUAGAAAAUGAAAUAGAAAGUUCUAGAACUUGCUGCAUUAGUCAGUCCUCUUGCUCAGUCACUGAAGAUUCUACUUUGGCAUGUUAUACAGGGCACAGUAGAAAAGCUUGUAUCAGACAGUCUUCUCUAUCCAAAGGCAGCAAAUGCCUUCCAGAGGGACCGGGUGAUAAGCUUGGAAAAAGAAAUGCUGCCGAAACCACUGAGGAUUUUGCAGGAAAUACUUCAUGUGAACAUAGUUCAGACAAUACCAGAACUGAAGUUGAUACAGAUGAUGUCUCUGAAAACCAAGCUUCAGCCCUCUUUAGUGAUCCUAGUAUGCAUCACAGCUGUCUGUCCUGUUCUAGUUUUUGUCACUGUAAUGACAUGCAUAAUGAUUCAGGACAUUUCUUAAAAACUAAAACGGAUUCUGAUGUCCAGCUAGACAUGAGGAAUGCUGAAGGCAAUGCCAUUUUUUCCAAAGUAUCUGCUACAAAAGAAAUAGAUAAAUACCCACAAACUGUAAAUGAAGAUUGUGUUCAGAAAUCUGAGACUAAUGCUCCAUAUGCAAAUGAGAAUGUAGCCAUUGACUUUGCUGUGCUGGAUUCAAAGGACUGUAAGGCAGGCUGCCCUGUGCUCACUACAGCUCAUUCACCAGACACUGUGAGAAAGGCAGAGAUAUUCACAGAUGACGGCAAUAAAACAAUUGAGCAAAACAGAGAGAGUGAACCAGGCACUUGCCAGGCAGUCUGUCACAAAGCAUUGGAUAAUCCAGAGGAUUUUAUAUGUCCUAUCUCUUCAGAUGAUACCUGCAUGAACUCGGAUAAGGCUGUCGUUUACACUCAAAAUGAACAGAUGCUACCCUAUAACCAAAGUGUGUCUGGACUGGACAAAGCUGCAGCACUACCUGUUAGCUUGGGAACUUGGGAUACCUGUAAACCUGUAAGGGAACUUCCCCAGACAGACCACCCUUCACGCACUUACGGGAUUUUUAGCACAGCAAGUGGAAAGGCUGUGCAGGUGUCAGACGCUUCAUUAGAAAAGGCAAAGCAGGUGUUGUCUCAGAUGGAUGGCGCUAAGCAGUCACCUUCUAUGGUGGCACUGGAAAGUAAUGAAAAGCCAGACCACUCUGGGAGAAGAAGGCUCUCUGUGGCACACAAGCCUCAGGGUGGACUGUCACUCUCUAAAACCUUCCCAGGCAAUGCCAGUUCAUCAGUAUUCUCUGGAUUUAGUACAGCAGGUGGGAAAGCGGUCAGUGUUUCAGAAAGCACCUUACACAAAGUUAAGGGAAUGUUAGAGGAAUUUGAAUUAAUCAGAACUGAGCAGCAUAUUCUUCAGCAUUCACCCACAGCUGGAGAUUUAUCAAAAAUCCUUCCUCAGCCUUGUGUUGAAAAGAGAACCCCAGAAUAUCCUGUAAACUCUAAAUUUCCGAAUAUCUACGGUGAUAGAUCCACUUUACCUGGUAACUGUAAAGAAGGUGGCUCUUCGGGCAGCACUCAUUCUGUUGACGUCUCUCUCCAAUUCUCUCCGUUGCGGAGAACACAAGACACACAGUUGGUAUUAGGAACCGAAGGGUCCCUUCUUAAGGAGGCUAAUCUUUUGGGAAAAGAACAAACCUUGCCCCAAUACGUGAAAAUAGAAACUGGUAAAGCGGAAGUGUUUUCUGAUGCUUCUGUGAGAACAAACGCAGGAGCCUGCUCUGCUUCCUCCAGAGAGCCAGAGAACUAUUUGGAAACCGAAGCAGUGGAGAUCGCCAAAGCUUUCAUGGAAGACGAUGAGCUCACGGAUUCUAAACCGAGUCAUGUCAAACACUCCCUGUUCAUGUGCCCCCAAAGUGAGGCUUUGCUAAAUCCCGGAGUUAGGAAGAGAAGAGGCGCGGCUGCUGAUGUAGUAGGACAACCCCCAAUCAAAAGAAGCUUAUUAAAUGAAUUUGACAGGACAAUAGAAAAUAAAGGAAAAUCCUUAAAGCCUUCAAAAAGCUCUCCAGAUGGCACAGUAAAAGACAGAAGAUUGUUCACGCACCACAUGUCUCUAGAUCCGGUUACCUGUGGACCCUUCUGCUCACGUAAAAAUCGGCAAGCAGCCCAGACUCCGCAUCUCACUGCACCUGCUCAGGGACUUCUGUCUAACGGGCGUCCUUCCGAGUGCUCAGCUCUGGAAAACUCUUCAAGCGCUCCUGCAGCGGCAGUCCAACCAGCUCACAGAACCUCUGCUGCAGCAACUGAAAGGGCGAGAUGCUCAGUCCCAGGCAAACCUGCCAAAGUCUUUGUCCCACCUUUCAAGAUGAAGUCACAGUUUCACAGCGAUGACCCUGUUAGUAGCAGGAAUGUUAAUUUGGAGGAAAAAAGGCAAAAGAGCACAGAUAGAGAAGACUCCGAAGACAGCGACAUCCAUCAGUUUAACAAAGGCAGCUCCCCUCAAGAGGCCACAGGAAUUUUCACGGAGUGUGAGGCAGAGUCUUUAGAUUUAAUGUCUAGACUUCAGAAUGCCAGAGGCCUGCAGGAUAUACGAAUUAAAAGGAAAGAAAGGUGUCAUCUCCGUCCGCAGCCAGGCAGUCUGUAUCUCACAAAAUCAUCCACCCUGCCCCGGAUGUCUCUGCAGGCUGCCGUAGGAGGCCGGGUUCCCUCUGCGUGUUCUCAUAAGCAGCUCUAUAUGUAUGGUGUUUCUAAAGCAUGCAUACAUAUUAACAGCAAAAACGCUGAGUAUUUUCAGUUUGACAUCCAGGAUUAUUUUGGGAAAGAAGAUCUGUGUGCUGGAAAGGGUUUUCAGUUGGCAGACGGUGGAUGGCUAAUCCCCUCCAGUGACGGGAAGGCUGGAAAAGAAGAAUUCUAUAGGGCUCUGUGUGACACUCCAGGUGUGGAUCCAAAGCUUAUUUCCAGCGCCUGGGUCUCGAAUCACUACAGGUGGAUUGUAUGGAAACUGGCAGCCAUGGAAUUUGCUUUUCCUAAGGAAUUUGCUAAUAGAUGCCUAAACCCAGAAAGAGUGCUGCUCCAACUAAAAUACAGAUACGAUGUGGAAAUUGACAACAGCAGCAGAUCAGCUCUGAAGAAGAUACUGGAGCGAGACGAUACAGCUGCAAAGACACUUGUUCUCUGCGUUUCUGACAUCAUCUCACCAAGCGCAAGUGGAUCUGAAACUUCAGGCAGUAAAGCUGGUGGUGCAGACACCAUCGAACUCACAGAUGGCUGGUAUGCUGUCAAGGCCCAGCUAGACCCGCCCCUCCUGGCUCUUGUAAAGAGCGGGAGACUAAGCGUGGGCCAGAAGAUCGUUAUCCACGGGGCAGAGCUGGUGGGCUGUCCCGACGCCUGUGAGCCCCUGGAAGCCCCAGACUCCCUUAGGCUAAAGAUUUCCGCCAAUAGCACACGCCCUGCUCGCUGGCACAGCAAGCUGGGGUUCUCUCAUGACCCCAGGCCGUUCCCCCUGCCCCUGUCCUCACUGUUCAGUGAUGGAGGCAACGUUGGCUGUGUGGACAUCGUUGUUCAGAGAGUGUACCCUUUACAGUGGGUGGAGAAGACAGCAUCUGGGUUGUACAUUUUCCGUGGUGAGAGAGAAGAGGAGAAGGAAGCGUUGAGAUUUGCAGAGGCCCAGCAGAAGAAACUAGAGGCCUUGUUCACCAGAGUCCACGCAGAGUUUAAAGACCACGAAGAAGAUGCAACUCAGCAGCGUGGGCUAUCCCGAGCACUCACAAGACAGCAGGUCCGCGCUCUACAGGAUGGCGCAGAGCUCUAUGCAGCAGUGCAGAAUGCUUCAGAUCCAGAUCACCUGGAGGGUUGUUUGAGCGAAGAGCAGCUCAGAGCCUUGAGCACCCACAGACAAAUGCUGAACGAGAAGAAACAAGCACAGAUCCAGUCAGAGUUCCGGAAGGCCUUGGAGUCCGCCGAGCAGGAAGAGGGUUUAUUGAGGGAUGUUACAACUGUGUGGAGGCUGCGUGUUACAAGCUGCAAGAAAAAAGAAAAAUCAGCUCUGCUGAGUAUCUGGCGUCCAUCACCAGACUUAUCCUCCCUGCUAGCAGAAGGAAAGAGAUACAGGAUCUAUCAUCUUGCAGUGUCAAAGUCUAAAAGUAAAUUUGAACGGCCCGGCAUCCAGUUGACCGCCACAAAGAGAACGCAGUAUCAACAGCUGCCGGCUUCCGAUGAAACCUUAUCCCAGGCUUACCAGCCAAGGGAGCCCCUUCUCUUCCACAGACUGUCAGACCCAGCCUUUCGGCCUCCGUGUUCGGAAGUGGACCUUGUAGGAGUUGUAGUUUCUGUUGUGAAACCCAUAGGUCUUGUUCCUUUGGUCUACCUGUCAGACGAAUGCCUAAAUCUAUUAGUGGUAAAGUUUGGGAUAGACCUUAAUGAAGACAUAAAGCCACGUGUGCUAAUUGCAGCGAGCAACCUCCAGUGGCACCCAGAAUCCACAUCAGGAGUGCCGACUUUAUUUGCUGGGAAUCUUUCUGUAUUUUCUGCCAAUCCAAAGGAGGUCCACUUUCAGGAGCGAGUCGGCCAAAUGAAGUGUGCUAUUGAGAAUAUCAAUACAUUUUACAAGGAGGCUGAAAAGAAGCUUAUGCAUCUGCUUAAAGGAGACAGCCCCAAGUGGUGCACCCCAAGUAAAGACCCCACCUGGGAGCCUCACCCCGCCCCCACUUGCCCUGCCUCAGAUCUCCUUGCUACAGGAGGUCAGAGGUUCUCACCUACUAGUGAGCAAAAAUUUCAAAGUCCUUUAUCACAUUGCACACCGAAAGGGAAGUCUACGCCCCUGGCUCGGUCAGCCCAGGUGGCAUCAAAGUCUUGUAAUGGGGAGAGAGAGAUUGAAGACCCAAGAACGUGCAGAAAAAGAAGAGCCUUGGACUUCCUGAGCCGGCUGCCCUUGCCGCCCCCAGUCAGCCCCAUCUCUGCCUUCGUCUCUCCAGCUGCACAGAAGGCGUUCCAGCCGCCACGGAGCUGCGGCACCAAACAUGCAGCGCCUAUGAAAAAAAAAGAGCCCAGGUCCCCUCAGGGGAGGACGCCAUUUCAGGAGGCCAGUGGCAUUUCUCUCCUGGAACGUGAUUCUGUGGCUGAUGAAGAGCUCGCCUUGCUCACUACCCAAGCCCUUGCACCUAACUCAGCAGGCCAAAAGAACCCCCAGCCGGCACAGAGGCCACACCAGCUUAUAGGACCCAGAUCUGGGAAGGAAUCUGCUUCAGGGGUGGCAGAGGUACAGUAACAGUGAUGGAAAUCAGCCUCCCAGCUUGUAGGGUGUGUACAGUUC